CUUUGAGUGGCAUUAAUUUGGCCCAAUAGGAAUACAACCCUCAAUUGGUGAGACAAGGCGGGAUUUCCUUGUGAAUUUAGCGUCGCGGCCUCUCCUGAAGGACACCAUUCUGUCAGCACAGGGGUCGAGUGUGGCUAAGUAGGACCAUUAACAAUCCACCAUGGGAGGACAUGACGCCGGAAGCCAGCACCAGUUCACUGGGAUUGCCAAGCACUUCAACUCGUAUACAAUCACAGGAAGGAGGAAUUGUGUUUUGGCAACAUUUGCCAGCAUAUUGGGCAUAACCCUUUUCUUCAAACUGAAACCCAAGAAACAGGCUGCCAUCACAGCAAAGUGAUCAUGUGUCCAUUUUGACCAUCGUUUUUCACGGCUGGGAGUGGAGGAAGCAGCUGGACGUGCUUGUAAUAAAAUAUGAGUGUUUGAUUUCCCUGUGUUAACAAUAAAGAACAUCUAUGCCCAAAGUAUA